UAUCCUUUUUGGCUGGAUGGGGUUUUCUUUUGAGUUUCCCGAUUCUUCCUUUCCUUUUUGUUUGACUUCCUCUUGAUUUCUUGCUUUUCUUUUUUGUUUUCUUCCGCUUGUGGAAAAUUUCUUUGAUCUUGUGGCUUGAUCUUGGCCGGUUGCCUUGUGAUGGCCUUUAAUCCCUCUACUUCCGAUUCGCUUCCGACUUUUGCUACUGGCUCCGUUCCGGUGAUUGUUUCUGGUUCUGUUCCGGCCAUGACUUCUGGCUCUGAUUCGGUUGUAGUUUCUGGCUCUGUUCCAGUCAUUGCUUCUGGUUUUGUUCCGAUUUUUGCUUCCGGCUUUGCUCCGUCCUCUGCUUCCGGCUUUGUUCCGGUUUUUGCCUCUGGUGGCUCUUCUGUUGCCGACGUGGGUGUCCUUCCUUCUUCUUCUGAGCCGGAGAUCUUUGAUAUUUUCUGCCUUCCCCUUAAUGCGGAUGGGAAGUUUGUUGUGAAGGGUGCUUUGCACCAUGUGGAGAGGGAUCCUGUGGUGCCUUCCAUUCCUACAGAGGUUUCUUUGGUUUUUUCUUCAAAGGGUGGAAAGGUUGCUCUUCCUCUAGGGUCAACGAAGGUGUUUUGUGAACUUGAUAAAGUGUCUUGGGUUACUAGUAGUUGUGAUGUGGAUGAGAUUAGGGAGAUUUAUAGAACUUGAUAGAUCUGCAUGUUUUCCUUCCUCAACAUCCGGUGGGCCGCGCGGCAUUUCAAUGCCUUCCUCCUGAUAUGUGUGUGUACAAGGACCAAUUUGCAUGUGGGUUGCAUUUUUUGUUUGUCUCGGGUUUUUGUCAUGCUUUUCAUUGUGCUUUUUGCCAAGACUAUAUAUAUAUAUAUGAAAAAUAUGUUUUCUUAUUUUUUGCCUUGUCCUCUGUGGUGCAUCUUACGUGGCUUUUAUUUGGCUUCUUUUUGCCUGCGUAACUUUUGCUUGGAUAUUUGUGUACAUCCAAACUUGCUCGCAACUUUAUUAUUUGUCUGUGUAACUUCUGCUUGGGUAUUUAAUGUACAACCAAACUUGCUCACAGCUUCUUUUUGCUUGCGUAACUUUUGCUUGGAUAUUUAUGUACAUCCAAACUUGCUCGCAGCUUUAUUAUUUAUCUGUGUAACUUCUGCUUGAGUAUUUAAUGUACACCCAAACUUGCUCACAGCUUCUUUUUGCUUGCGUAAAUUUUUCUUGGAUAUUUGUGUACAUCCAAACUUGCUCGCAGCUUUAUUAUUUGUCUAUGUAACUUCUGCUUGGGUAUUUAAUGUACACCCAAACUUGCUCACAGCUUCUUUUCACUUGCGUAACUUUGCUUGGAUAUUUAUAUACAUCCAAACUUGCUCGCAGCUUUAUUAUUUAUCUGUGUAACUUCUGCUUGAGUAUUUAAUGUACACCCAAACUUGCUCACAGCUUCUUUUUGCUUGCGUAACUUUUGCUUGGAUAUUUGUGUACAUCCAAACUUGCUCGCAGCUUUAUUAUUUGUCUGUGUAACUUCUGCUUGGCUUUAUUAUUUAUCUGUGUAACUUCUGCUUGGGUAUUUAAUGUACACCCAAACUUGCUCACAGCUUCCUUUUGCUUGCGUAACUUUUGCUUGGAUAUUUAUGUACAUCCAAACUUGCUCGCAGCUUUAUUAUUUGUCUCAUAACUCUUGUUAGACUUGUGCAUCUUGUAAUUGAAUUCCUCUGCUUGGAGCUUUUUGGCCUAUGUGGCCUUCUCCCAAAAGUUUCUCAAGAGAAAGAUUAGUUUUCUUAAAAACACAAUAACUUGCAUGAUUAUUGAGGUUAAAAAUUAGAAAAUUAAAAAGUAAAUAUACUUAGCUGGGAUCGCAGCUUUCUUUUAAGAUUUGUGCAUGUAGAAUCUUGAGAUGUCUAUCUUGCCUUGCAAAUGCAGAAUUUGAUUCAUCAUUUGAUGUGGUUGAAUGUGAUUGUAACAAAGUUUCUUCAAAUAUGGAGGUAGAGAUGAUGGUUAGUCUUUCGGGGAGCUUUGCUAGCAGUGAAGUGAUUGAUGAACAUGUACGCAAAUUGAUCAAAGGUCUGGAUAGAUUUUUAUGGUAAUGUUGCGAACCAAGCCUGCGCAGCUUUCUUGAAAGUUGCUGGGAACUGCUUGCAUAAUAGGGCAUUCGAGGCUCCAUAUACCAUCAUUGCCAUUCUAUAUCCUUGCACGUGCUCCACUGGGUCUUGAGUUCCAUCGUACUCAGCUAGUUGUGGAGUUUUGAAGUUUGAUGGCACAGGUUCCCUGAUGAUGUCGUCUAUAAAGGCUUUUUCUACUGAAGCUGUGUGCUGGUUCUACAUACCUUUGCCUGCCUGCUUCUAUCUUUGCCAGAUGUUGUCGCAACACCUCAAUUUCUUUGUAAACACCAUCAUCAUGAAACUGUGUUUCUAUCUUUUGUGGACCUGCUGCCAUGAGUGUGGCUUCUUGGAUUUGUUGGCUAGCCUUCCUUUGGUUUGAAUGUGUACGAGGUAUCAUGUUUUUACUCCGAAAAUUGUAUUGAGUGAAAGCUGAGGAUGGUUCUUUUUUUCUUGCCUUUAAUUGUCUUGGGAUGUUAGAGAUGUUUUUUUCAUGCUUCCUUACACUAGUUUCAUUUUUUUUUCUUUUAUCAUUAUUAUUAUUAUUAUUUUGGAUUUUCAAUUGUAUAAGUAUGGAUGCUAUUAGUGAUAAAGUAGUGAGUGGGGACAAGAAAGAUUGUAGAAUUUG